UGUGGUGUAGAGAGACAGUGUUAAGGGGAAAGCUCCUGAGCAGGAUGAGAGUGCUCCAAGUAAGAAGCAUGAAAGGAAGAACAAGAAGGUAGAUGACUCGGUUAUACCUUACAACCUGUUACCAUACCCACAGAGGUUGUGGAAAUCAAAGGAGUCUGAUAGAGAGAGCAAGUUCCAUAAGAUGUUGGAUAAGCUGGAGAUCUCCAUGCCUUUUGUUGAAGCAAUCACUCAGAUUCCAUCGUACAAGAAGUUUCUGAAGAAUAUUUUAGGCAAUAAGAAAAAGCCAGAGAAGAGUGCGGUGGUGGAUCUGAGUGAAGGAGCCUUGACCUGUGCAGUUCUUCAACAUAAACUUCCUCCUAAGCUGAAAGAUCCAGGUAGUUUUUCCAUCCCUUGCAUCAUUGGUGGAUUUGUAGUUGGUGGUGCUCUGUGUGAUCUGGGUGCCAGUGUUAGUCUUAUGCCAUAUUCUUUAUGUAAGAGACUCAACCUGAGAACACCAAAACCCACUUCCAUGACCUUACAGAUGGCGGAUCGCUCCAUAAAGCGUCCGGUGGGAGUUCUAGAGGAUGUCCCGGUCAUGAUUGAUCAGUAUUUUAUACCGGGGGAUUUUGUUGUACUGGAUAUAGAGGAGGAUGCCAAGGUUCCUAUUAUACUUGGCAGACUUUUUCUAGCUACUGCUGGUGCACUUAUUGAUGUGAGAAGAGGAAAACUCGUGAUGGAAGUGGCAGAGAACAAGAUUGAAUUUGACAUAUUCAAAAUGGCGAAGCACCAGCCCUCAUAUGUUAAUGAGUGUUACUUGAUAGAAGGGCUGGGUGAGGGCACUGUUGAGAAUAGAAAGAUUGAGUUAGGGGAUUUGCAUGUUUCCCUAUUGAUCCUGGACCCCUUGAACUGUCAAGUGUGCUUAAACAAAAGAAAAAGUUCUCUGGUUCUAGUGGUUUCUACAAAAGAUGGAUGAGGGAGCUGUCUAAGUUCAAAAGGCCACCGGAUCGCGUGGUCCACAAUCCCACCUGAUAUCCAUGAGGUUGAGUCAAGCUGACGACAAUAAACUUAGCGCUUCAUGGGAGGCACCCCAUGUUAUCCUUUACUUUUUGCACUUUAUUUUACUGCACUUUUCUUUACAAUUUUAGUUCGGAGUAGAUUAGGAUUUUUCUUUGUUUACAGGGUGUUCUCUGGGGUUGUUUUGGUGUGAGAUUUGCUUUCUUUUACCUUUGAGAGAGUGGGUAAUGGUUAGAUUUGAAGAGGUUAGGUGUUGCAACAUGUCAAAAUUGCUCUAGGACUAACUUGCAGGUGAAACCGAGCUUGGGCGCGAAAAAGGGACAAAACUGCGCAAGGCAGAGCCUGGAUCACGGCCAUUGUCACGGUCGUGACCCAGGCCGUGAUGCCGAGGCGUCGUUUUUUCGACAAACAGAGCGAAACAGGGCUCGGGGUCACGGGCCACCUCCCGGUCGUGACCCAGGCCG